UCGUUGCUAUGGAGAGCAGUUCCACAGGAGCGCGAGCCGAACCAUCCUGAAAGAGAGAGAAGGCACGAGCGAGGAGAAAGGAGGACAUACUGAAAGUGCCGAAACGCACAGACACACGGAGAAACCAUGGAGACUAGACCCACGAACCGGAGGACAGUACCUAAUAACGGAAUGCGACUUUUAACGUCCUUUUUCGUCCUGUGCGGAGCCGUCGCAGGUGUAAGCAGUAACCAGGUGGUCGUCCCUGACAAAGUGAACGCAGUGUUGGGAAAGAACAUCACGCUUGGCUGCAGGAUCCUGGUGGAGCCCAACCUGAGUCUGACGCAAAUCUCCUGGGAACGCCGUCUUCCGUCGGGUACCAUCACCUUGGCAGUGUUCAACCCCGAGUACGGAACCUCUUAUGCCCCGGAAUAUGGCAAGCGCAUCUCGUUUGUUUCCCCGUCGAUACGGGACGCCACUAUCAUCAUUGAAGAAGUUGGUUUUGCUGAUAUUGGGUCAUACACCUGCAAAGUGGCGACUUUUCCUCUGGGCAACACGCAAGCGUCGACCUUUGUUAACGUUUCAGUGGAGCCCAAGGUGUACGUGUCUGCAGGCCCCGCGGCUCUUCUUGACGGCGGGGACGAGACGCUGGUGGCCACCUGCAUCGCGGAGCGCGGGCGGCCCGCCGCUGAGGUGUUCUGGGAGGCCGAGCUGUACGGGCGAUCUGAGAAGCAAACUCAGGAGGAAGUCAACGGCACCACCACUGUGCGCGUCAACUACAUGUGGAAGCCCCAGAGCUACGCCCAGGGAAAGAUGCUCACCUGCGUGGUGCGCCACCCGACGCUGCAGACAGAGUUCCGCAUACGUUACAAGCUAAAUGUGCAAUUUGCACCAAAUAUAUCCAUACAAGGCAUUGAUAAAAUCUGGUAUGUUGGUCAAACAAACGUGAGAAUCACCUGCACAGCCAAAGCCAAUCCUCCUGCCCAUGACUACAAAUGGAUCAGGUUGGAUGGAGCCAUGCCGGAGGGUGUUAAGAUUUCAAACAACAGCCUUUCUUUCACACGCCCGCUAGAGCGCAAUGAUUCUGCAAUCUAUCGCUGCGAGGUGACUAAUGACAUUGAUCGCAGCACUCACAAUGUCAACUUCUGGGUUCAAGAUCCCCCCCCCACCACCGCGGCCCCCAGCACCACCGCCUCCCCCAUUCGCUACGCGUCCGGAACCGGAACAGACGUGGACCGUCGCCGAGCCCUGUUCACCUCCCCCACCCUGGCCUCGGUCCACGACAGCAGCCUGGGCACCAUAAUCGGCGGGGCAGUGGGYGGCGUUCUCUUCCUGGUCCUCCUGCUGAUCCUCGGGGGCGCUUGUUUUAUGCGCCAGCGCAGGACCUUCAGAGGGGACUACUACACCAAGCAGUACCUGGGACCCUCCGACAUGCAGAAGGAGUCUCAGCUAGACGUCCUACAGCCGCACGAGUUGCAGGAGGUUUACGGGGACAAGACGAGCAAGGGCAGCCAGGAACUGAAGCCCAAACUGGGCGGGGACAUCAUUUACCCCGACUACACUCCGGAGCGCAAGGACAGGGACGACUGGAACGACAGGGGGGACGGCCCCAGGGUCACGAAGGAGGGGAACUAUUACCCAGACCACUACAACAACCAAAACAUGCACCCCUGCGGGCCUCCUGUGCACAGCCCCAUUGUUAACAACGGCUCCCCCUACCUUCCGGAGGACUGUUACGAAAACGGUACAGACAGCGACUACGUGUCGCACAUGGACGGAUCUGUGAUUUCACGCAGAGAGUGGUAUGUUUGAGAACAACUAGAGACAAAACGGCGAACAUCCAAAUGAGAUUAAGUGAAGAAGUGACAGACUUCAAAAGAUGCAUCGUUUUAUUUAAGAAGCAGAAAUGAAACUUCUAAGCUUUCACAUUGAGCUUCUUGAAUGGUUUUGCUCUGCCUUGAUUGUAACCACUUAACCUUAAGGAUAUGCUUUCUGGGGAUUGUACUUCCAAGUUUGUAGUGAUGAGCUGCAACAAAGCUGGAACGCCUCAAAAGAUAUGACCUGUUUUUGCUUUGGCCUACGGUGACGUGUCAAACCAAUGUGAACGAGGUUUUGUUGCCCUCUGGUUUGUGUUUGCACCUGUUUCGUACACGGUCGGCUGUUCCACACCCUCGUUGUCCAAGUAUUUAUUCCGCAGACCAAACGGGCUUUGCUCUCCUGAAGCCUCACAACUUCUGCUGCGUUUAGAAAAACUAUCUCAUGAGAGAUCGUUGUGCAUUUUCACAUACAAGUGAAGAGUUUAUUAUGGCUGAAACCAGUAUUUAAAGCAAAUUAUAUUGCAUGCUUUCUAAAAAACAAAGGUAUCAUUAAGUGAAAGGGAAGUUUACAAGAUGAAAAGGGAGACUUGCUGGGGCGUCGUACAAAGGGUGAAGCAAAGAAAUGGAUCUCAGUAUGUAGCAGUGUAGGCAUGGGCCGGUAUGAGAAUCUCAGGGUUUCCUAACUGGAGGAGGGAAAAAUAGCACAACAUCAUGCUAUUUAUUCACAAAAGUAAAUUAUAUGAUUGCUUUCAUUUAAAACCAAAAAGCAACAAUUUUUGUCAUUUUGUGGUAAAAAAAAAAAAAUCUUAAAGCUGCUCUAUGUAUCUUUUCUAUAAAAAUUUAUUUUAUUUUAUUUUUUUACAUAUUUAUUCAAACUGUUGCUAUGUCGUGACAGUAUAACAUGAGACAGAUAAUCUUUAAAAAUUCUGGCUCCUCCCAGUCAUACUGCCCAAGCAAAGCAGCGUAUGCACAAGGAUGAUUCACUGCGCUAAGACCCUCCUCCUGGCUCUGAUUGGCUGAGUGGGAGCGGUGUGUUUCUGCAGAUGGCUGUAAGACCACAAGGAGGAUGUGGAGGAGCUUGAUUUUUUUCAUAGACUAUCUGUCUCACAUUAUACUGUUAGAACACAGCAGCAGUUUUGACAAAUGAAAAAAAAAAACAUAUUUUUUUAUGAAAGUGACAUACUACAGUUUUAAUACAAGAGAUUUUUUUUUUUCAGCUAGCUGACUGGUGGGACUUAGCAACAAGUGCAGGAGGGGCAGCGCUGUGCUCUCUUUCUUUUUCAGGUAUCGUUUUGAAAAUGCUUUAAACAAUAGAUUUUUUUGUCAUUUUAAAGUGUUUUUAGAACAAUGUUCCACCCUGAUCGUGGUACCAGCCCAUGCCUAUCACACACCCUGACUGAACAAUGUUUGGGAUCAUAACUCAGUCAUCAGCCGUUCACCAUGUCACCUACACACCUAAGAGAUCAAGACACUGUGGAAAACACCUUUAUUCUGUCAGCUGCUCCCAAAACUUUUAACACCCACAGUUGUCAUAGCAACAGCAUCUUUUUUUUUGGUAGUGCUUUUUUAUUUUUUUAGUUCAUAAGAAGUGUGCAAAGGACAUAGUCUCAGGUUGCUCUUUGAAGCAGUUUAUUAAAAAUAAGUUCUGUCACCAGAAUCUGACUUUAAGUCUGAGUCAGACGGCUGCAGGACUCAGUCAAAACAUCUCAGCCUGUGGAGACGUGCAGCAUAUCACUGGCAGCUCCUCCUCGUCCUCCAGCUGCUUCCUAUUGUUGUCGCUUCAUCGAAAAACUCAAACGGAUAAGCUGAUGAAAAAGCAAUGAUUGCAAGCGUCGACUGUGCCUGACUACGCAGAAUAAUCAAUUUUGUUUCAACCUUCACUCCGCCUGAACACUUAUCAGCUUCGGCUUUGCUUGGGCUUUUUUUUUUUGUUGUUGUUGAGGAUUUUUCUACCUUGGAAAUCACAAGCACAUAUCUGCCAGAAGUUCUUGUUAUUUUGACUAAGUACAGAUGUGUAGCCAUGCCAAGGAGACAAAAGAGUUUUGAUCUGGUUCUAAGAGUGGAGAAGGGGAAGACAAAUCUUGUUAGUUAUUGUCUGUUUUUUCUUCAGUAUCCAUACUUCAGAAGUGCUUUAUUUGCUGAAAGUGUCAGUGAACUCAUUCAGACUAUUGUCUGGUUUCGAUCAUUUGCUCUCAGUAUUUUCAGCUGCCCCAGUAUUUACAACGGACUCUCCUGUCAGGUGAACACUGACAUGGUUUAAAGUCUAGUGUAAUCUACAGAUUGUGUUUUUAAAACUUCCACAUGCCAAGAAGAUUUAGUUCACAUAAUAGUUUUCAAAAUACUUCCUUGUUCCUCAAUCAUUAGUUAUUUCUGUUUGGGAUCAGUACAGAUGUAACAUGUGAGAGAGCUACAAUAAUAUUAUACUAGGGAUGCACCAUAAAUCAGAACUAACAACGGUAAUCAGCCAUAACAAUAUUAAUACUGGAUGUCGAUAUAGGCCCAAAUUGUUAUACCUGUGCAUCCCUUUAAAGACAGUUUACUAAAGAAUUUGAAAAUAAAAAUAAAAUAGUCAUAGACUUCUCUUUGGCAUUUUGAAUUAGUGCCUUUAAUGGCAGUCUGUGAUCCUAUUCAAAAGAAUGUAAAUCCUUACAUUUAGGCUGAGACUUCCAGAAAACAUUUCCAAAUUCAACAUUUUCUAUAACAGAGGUUAAAAUCUCCGAAGAACCAAUCAGAGGUGGUGUUUUCUCUUCAGCCGUCCUCCUACCACUUUAAAAUGAUUCCCUAGUUCUUAUAACUCUGUUCUGCUGCUGUCUUCACUUUCAAACACCUCGCUGAUGCUGAAAAUAGCUUUCUAGCUCUUCCUCACUCACUAACAACUUCCACACUAAAGAGUGUUGUCAACACAAAAUGAUAGCAUCUAAGCUCACCCAUCAGAAGAGCAGUUUUUCUUUGGAAAGUCGGCUAAUCACAGGGUCAUUCAAGCAGAAAAUUAUCUCAUUCUGGAAACCAGCAAAUCUUUCUGUGCAAACUGAUGAAAUGAUGCUUGAUCACAUGUAGGGAUCUGGUAAUAAGACGUCAGAUCUGAAUUCAAAACACUAAAGCCAAAUCCAAACUUACACAGCGGUGGCUGUUAUAGAAACACCAUCAAUCUCAAGUUGUGUAAAACUGAGGUUUGAUAGUAACUGAAACCAAAUCGACUGAUAUGGCUAUUGACAUAAGAUCAUGCAGUCAUAAAAAAGUGCAGCUCUGUUAUUAAACUUUUCAGUAAGUUUCAGAACCGCCCCUGUUUCCCAGCUGAGGCCUGAUACCGGGCUACGCUGCUGUCUUUUACGUUUUCCCUCCUGAAUAUUUUCUGAUUUCUGUCUCUUAAGACCAAUUGGCCAUUAAAGUUUUUUUGUUUUUUUUUUUACAACUGCAGAUCAAAGGAAUCUGUUAUAAAUACCAGAUGCGAGCGGGACAGUUGUCAUCAUCUGACAUUAUGUGGGCUGCGUAAACCACCAGCAGUUUGACUGCUGCUGCUCCUCACGCUGCCGUCGAGGUUCAGGAUCUCCAACUCGCAACAAAAAGAAAGGCAGAAGUGCCAAACGGAUCCCUGGGUUUUUAGCCUUGUUUGAAAAUAGGAUUAUUGAGAUGCGAGCAGCUGACAUCACUGCAGAGCAUACUGUAAUGUUGGGGUUUGGCUCCUCUCGAGGAUGUGGAGCGGCCAUGGAAACAAGAAACUUAAUCUGCGAGUAAAAAAAAAGAGAAAUCUGAACCGUGGAGGUCAGAGAUGGAUGUGUAACGGCUCCCUGUGGAAGAGAUACAUGCUUCUUUCUUUCCCCACAAGCAGCAUUUCUUGUGAAACUAAGUUGAAACAAAAGAGCUGACAUCAUGAGCGAUCUCAUCUUUUCCUGCUUGGUUUGUCCCAACACUUUUCCACUCAAAGCUUUAGCUUUGUUUCUUCAGGAUUGAUACAGAGAUCAGAGUGGCCUUUGCUAAGCCUCACCGCAACCAAAUAGAAAGGAAAGUCUUUCUUUUGCCAAACAAGUGUUUCUCAAGUGUUGGUAUUAGACAAACAUGGCAAGAUCAAAACACAGCUAUCCAAAACAAUCUGGUUAUUUCUGACAAUGACAUUUCACCCUUUGUUAAGUCACAAAUUGCCUGCCAGAGCUGCAGAAUCGUGAAAUCACUUUAAUAGAACCUGUUUGACAACAUGAASUAGUCUAAAAUUGAAUGAACAUCUACUAGUUAGAAACAAUUUCACUGAGAUCUAUCAGCCCUGAAAAACUUUAAAGUCAUGUCUAAGGCUUUGGGGCUCCAACUAACUAUGCUAUCACAUAUGGAGGUGACAUGGAACAGUGGUGACCCUUCUAGAAUAACUUUAAAGCUAUCCAGGCCUCAGCUAAUUUACUUAAUGUAAGUGUUCAUGAUUUCAUCAUAACAAUCAAACUGAGUAAAAAUGGCUUUCACAAGAGAGCUGAAAAGAACACUAAACCGUCUCUCACUUUAGAAGAAUAUUGUCACCUUCCUAAAAUAAAGGUCUGUCAUUUUUUGACAAAUGUUUUUUUUUGUUUGUUUGUUUUUUGCCUAAAUCAUCUUUUGACAAAAUGAGGCGGUGAUUUGACUUAGGCCGUUAUUUUAGGAAGGUGACAAAAUGAUAAAACCAAAGACUUUUAGAAGGAUAUUCUGUGAGCUGGCUAAAUAAAAGUGGAGCUUCGUGGAGGAUGUGUAUCCUGUUACUUCUGUGAUUAAACUAAUAAAAUACUUCAUAAAAACAACAACAAGCAGCCCUCGGAUGUUUGUAGUGUGACGUUCGGGUCCUGCCCUUGCUUCUUCAGGACCUGAAUGGCUUGCUGAGUUUGGUUGAACCAAGAACCUAGCACAACAUCUGAAGGAAAAUGUUCGGCUGACAGUUAGCGACCCUAAUAACUAAAUGAACCUUAUUCAGGAGAAAAAUAAUUAGCAAAAUUAAUACAAAAAUCACAAUCACCUCUAAAUGGCACAACUAAAAAAAGCAACAAAUCAAGUGAAGUUUUUGGAUUGUCCUGAUCAAAUUCUAGUCUUUAAUUCAAUUGAGAUGUUGUGAUAUUAACUUAACUCUCCCGCAGUCUUACGAGACAAGGUCCAUCAAACCCUGCAAGUUUUUUACCCUGUGCGCAGUUUGGCGGGGAAGCACUGAUCCUGGGUGCGCUUUUACAGGAUUUUAUUCAUGUGUGGUUUCGGGAACUGACGAUCUGACCCUCCCCAACUCCUCACUGUCCGACCGUGGCACGCUCCUCCUGAGCAUGGCGCUAAGACUGCAGGAGAAACGGUUAAGUUUGUGCUUUAGCACCAUACGGGGCGGCCAAGUUCAAAACAAAUCUGCAAAGAAGAGCGGACCAAAAUUACUAUAGAGGCGACGUGAAAGACUUACUGCUGGUUGCUGCCAACAGUUGUUGAAGCCAAAAGCAGCAAACAAGCUCUAAGUUUAAUGGGCAAUUCCAAUUUCUGGUUUAAUAAAUAAAAUUCUUUGAAAUUAACUUUUUUAUUGUUAUUAUUGAGCUUAUCUUAGUCGAAUAUAAAAAUGUUUGAGACAUUUUUAAUUUAACCAAACAAAGCUAAAACAAGAAGGCAUACAUCAUAAUGGUUUCAGGUCGAGGCCUCCGUUUUUGUCGAGCAAGUUGAAAGGUUUCUGUCGCACGUCUCCACCCCUGGUUUUCUCAUGGCAUGGCUCCGGGUCGCAGGGUUUAGAUGUCUCAGAAUAAACUGCUUUAAUCUAGGCUCUCACUCGCGCCAUCACCACACAUCUGCCACUGCGGCCCCACAUGGAAGGAGCCGUCCUCACCUCAAAACCUUCAGCUUUUUAAUCAGCUUUUAUACCCUUCAGCCUCGGUUUGGGUUUUAAAGCAACACUGAUUUAAUGGAUGAUUUUUAUUUUAAAUUUUUGUUUUUUGCUUUACCUUUUUUAUGUUUUUCAGUUUCUUACUCAUCAACUGGUUGCGCAUGCAGCUAUUUGCUUCCAGUUCCAUCACUAAUGUUUAUAUUACAUGUACAUAUUAUGUCUAGUAUUAGCGCGUGAUUAGUUGUUCUCUGUCGUUCUGGGUUUGUUCUGGACUCCCCUACUGAAUAGCUGGUGCCUUAAAUGGGCUGAGCAAUGCACAGAAACUUUAAAAGCUGACAGAUACUGAAAGCAUUAAUGUAAAGAUUAUUAUUAUUCAAAAAGGGGCAGAUGUGCCUUUUUUAAUACGUAUACCAACUUUCAUAUUUAAGAUUUGCUGUUGCCAAGGCAGCAGAGUUGACAAAAGGUUUAUUAUCAUGCCUUACAGAGUAUAAAAAGGACACAUGUAACAAGUUGGUUACUGGGAAAAUUGUAAUAAAGCAAUGUUUCACUGGGAAUUUUGGUGAGCCAGGUUCAUAGAAAAUAUUAUUUUCCUGUAAAUAUGCUGGCUUUUUUUAUUAUUAUUAUUAUUAUUGAGGAAAAUUCUUAUUUUUUUGUAUGAGGUCGGUAAUUUUCAGACUAUUAGUUAUCUUACGAGCUUUCAGCGGGCUCCUGCCUUACAAUAAGGCAGAGAUCCGGUUUUCACUGCAUUUUGUAUCGGUUUGCAAGAGUUGAUGACCAAUUAUUUUGUAUGGUGUUCUUUGAAUGAUUGAGGUCUCACAGGAAUCAGAGAUGAGCGGGUGGUAGAUUUUGUCUUCUGUUCUUUCGUUUGCAAUAAAAAUGUCAUCAUUUCA